UUUCCUUUUUGGACUAGUCCCCCUAACUAUGACACCUUCAAAGCAUUAUUUAACUAUUUAAAUGCUGUUGGUGUGGACGAAAAAAAAAAUGUUGGAGAGGAUCUGAAAUGGCUUUACGUGACUGUCAGUUAGGAAACAAACCAGGGCCAUCAUCCAAGCUGCCAUUGGAGGAGGAGUUGUUCAUGGUCGCUGUUAGAUUAAGAGUAGGAUUUACACUGCCAGAUCUGGCAUUGAGGUUUGGAAUCAGUGAAGCAAGUGUCAGCAAAAAUUUUUCUGCAUGGAUUAAUCUACUGUAUUUCCACUUAAAAGAUCUCUGCCAAAUGCCUGACUAUGAGGAAUGUGGAAAGGCAAAUCAGUUCUCAUCACUCCCUGACCUCAACGUUAUUGUGGAUUGCACUGAAACCUUUACCCUGAAAACCUCCUCAUUAAAGGCCUGCAAAGAGGUAUACUCAAAUUACAAGAGUCAUACAACCUUUAAGUUUCUAGUGGCAAUAAAUGCUCAUGGAGCAAUUGUUUAUGUGUCUCGAGCAUGGGGAGGCAAGACAUCAGACAAACACAUCACAGCAAGCAGUGCAGGAUUUAUUGCUACCCUCAAGGCAGGAGAUGAAUUAAUGGCUGGCAGAGGAUUUGAUAUCAAUGAAGCAAUGGAAGAAAAAGGAGUGUGGGUGGUUCUUUACCUACUUUGGCCUUAUAAAAGUUGAUAUCCUCUACAAUGACAGGUUCAACUUUGGCACCU